AUGAGUUCAGAAGAAGACUUAAAUUCUUUCUUAAAAUCAAACCGCAGUCUGCCAGAAACAGAUAAAAUACUCCACGAGCUUUUUAAACAAGCGUUUAUUACUAACUGCUCUCUAGAUGAUGCUAGCUGCACUCCAGAAGAGUUAAAAACACUUGAAGAGCUUGAUACUCUUGAAAUCUUAGAGAACUUAAAAGACUUACUAACUGAUCUUCUUAAAUUCAAAAAAGAUUAUAAAACGUCAGAUAAAGCUGAACUCGCCAAAAGAAGUGAACAAUUUGAAGCCAUGCUUCAGAAACUUGAAGCAGAAGUUCGAAAUCACAUCCGCAUUGAACACCAGUUGAAGCUUCACAUAGAAACUUCACAAGGCAAAGUCGAUGAACUGGAAAAACUUAAAGAAACUGCAAAUAAGCAAAUUAGGGACCUAGAAAUUAGACUUCAAGAAAAACCUGCUGAAAAUGAGAAAAUUCGUCCAAGCUUGCAUAGAGAUGCAGAUAGAGUUAGGAAAGAUUAUGAAGAAAAAUUAAUAAAACUUGUUGACGCAGGAGAAAAAAGAGAAAAAAUCAUACAUAAACUUGAGCAUGAAUGCGCAAAAUUAAAAAAUUUAUUCGAAGAAAAAUCAAAAGAUUGCGAAAGAUAUAAAGAGGAAUUAAAUAAGUAUAAAGAGAAUACAAUAAGUAAAGAAAAAAGAUUAGAAGGGCGUGGAGGGAAUAACAUCGACGAUCUAAAGCGAAAAGUCGAAGAAAAAGCGAUCGAACUAAACUGAAUGCAGCAAAAAAUUAAAGGAAGUGCGAAAUCUCCCAGCCUGCAAGGCAAAGAAAGGAGAAGUGCCCGAAAAUCCUUAGGCGAAAUGGAAUUAAUAAAAAAUUCAAGCCCUUAUGGAAUUCGAAGAGAAUACACCGAACCUGCCCCCAAAAAAGAUGAAAGACCUGGAACCUCUUUUAAAAAACCCCGAAGCUCUUCAAGAGGUCACAUCCGAAGCCACUCAGAGCACGAGCGCCCAGCGAGCUCGAAACGAAUCCCGUUACACUAA